ACAAUUCACAACUGUCAGUGUCAAACACUAGUUGACACUUGACAGAACAACAAAUAACAAGACUUUGUAGAGUUUACGUGCUUUUAUUUAAUUUCUUCAAUAAAUAAUUAUGUCCGAGAAACAGAAAGCCCUAUUCAUAUGUCUCGGUAAUAUCUGUCGCUCGCCGAUAGCUGAAGGUGUUUUUCAGAAGACCGUGAACGAUAUGGGCUUAGGAGAGCAAUGGGAGAUAGACAGUGCGGCUAUAGGGAGCUGGCAUGUCGGUAAUCCGCCGGACUGGAGAGCACUCGAUACUAUGAAAAAUCAUGGAGUUCCUUACGGUAACUGUGCGAGACAGAUCACAAAAGAAGAUUUUAACAAAUAUGACUUUAUAUUUGGAAUGGAUGAAGAAAACAUGAGAGACCUCAAGAAAAGGGCACCCAAGGACAGCAAAGCCAAGCUGUUACUUUUUGGAGAUUUUGACCCCCAGGGGGACAGGAUUAUUAGGGAUCCUUAUUAUGACAGUGACUCAAAGGGCUUUGAGAAGUGCCACCAGCAAUCUGUUAGGUGCUCUAAAGGAUUCCUCGAGCAGUUGGAGAAAGGACUGGUCAAAUAGUUAUUUUGCAAUAUAACUCAUAUUUUGCAUUCCAAAUUCAGUCAUAAAAACUGAAAACAUGUUGCAAAAUUGUAUUUGGUAAUUAAUUAAUUGCAAUUUGUAAUUACAGUUUACCUUAUAUUUAAAAAUUGUUUUAUAGAUAUUAAAUUGUUAUAAAAUAUAGUUUUUAA